AACAUUUCACCUCUCUCUCUUUCCAGUUUUAAUUGGAUGUAUCUGUAAUUUAAAUGCAUACUCAUAAACUAUCAAGGAGAAGGGGGUAAGAUGCUCCAGCAUACAAGGCCCAUGGAGCAUAUUUCAGAUUGAGGGGGCUAAAACCUUGUUGGGGGGCUAAACAUGCAAAAAACCAAGAUAAAGGCAUUUUUGUAUAGUUUGAGGUACAUUUUGGAAAUUAUUGGGGGAUGGGGGUAACGCCCCCCUAGCCCCCCUUCUGAGGUUCCUGUCAUCAUAUCUUUGAUUUUUGUUUUUUGUAACUGGACACUUUUUCAGAUUUUAUAAAGUGCUAGGACUGCACCAGUUGCCAUUUACAAGAAGUGGACAAUUAUUUAAUUGUACCCACAUCAUUAACAACUGUAUAUAAAAUUUGAAAAAAUUAAAUUGUCUGUUACAUAUAGCAUGAGGAAGAAGAUUAUUAUGAUGAGGCAUGCAUGGAUGACACAGAAGACAUUAACAUGGAGGAUAUGGAUUACCAUGAAUUAGAAACUUCAGCUCUUUCUACAGAUGAUGAGAAUGAUGAGGAUGUUGAUGAUACUGAUGACGAUAAAGAGUUUGAUGAAUCAAAAAAUAACAUAGUUUGUGUUGACAGUGACACAGGGCCUGCGGAUGAACCAAAAUUUGUUGUUUUCUACAGCAUGCUUGUGCAAAUAUUCAGCCUAUUCUGUUUUAAUUGCAAACAUGAACAACCAAAAGUUCAAGUGCUGGCAAGACGCUCAAUGGUAACAGUUGUGCGGGACUGUCUUACCUGUGGCAAGGUUUACAAAUGGCACAGCCAACCAUUCAUUUUUGGGAAGUAUCCUGUGGGAAAUGUGAUGAUGAGCUUUGGUAUUCUAAUGUCUGGAGUUCAAAUUAGCCAAAUACUUCUUGCUCUCAAGCAUAUGGGUUUAUCUGCCAUUUCUCCAAGGACAUACUUUUACCAUCAGAGCAAGUUGCUGUUUCCUUCUGUAACCAUGCAAUGGAAAAAGUACCAAAGUGAUCUGAUCAAAAGAUUGCAAAAUCUCAACGACGUAACAUGGUCAGGUGAUGGACCAUUUGAUUCCAUGGGACAUAAUGCCAAAUAUGGAACGUAUACUAUGUUUUGCAAUAGCAUCUCAAAAUUGGUCCAUUUUACAGUCAAACCAAGCUGGUAGUAGUAACAACAUGGAGCCAGUCGGGGCACAGCGUGCAUUCAAGUUUAUCAAGGAUAACAAUUUAAACAUAUCCAUAUUUGUCAGUGACCGCCACAGAACCAUUGCCAAAUGGAUUCGUGAAUGUGAACCACAAACAACACAUUUCUAUGAUCUUUGGCAUGUCUGCAAAGGCAUUUCUAAGAAGAUUAGAACUGUGGGACAGGAGAAAGGGAACGAAAUUUUAUUACGUUGGAUGAAGGCAAUAAAGAAGCACCUGUACUGGUCGGCCACUUCAACACAGCAAGGCUUUGGUAAUCUCAUUGUUGCAAAGUGGGCGUCAUUGAUCAGGCACGUUGCCGACAAGCAUGAUAAUCAUCCUAAUGAAAUUUACAAGGAAUGUGCUCAUGAUGAACUAGAGGCACGGGAUUGGAUUUAUGUUGGAACUCAGCCAUAUGACCGUCUGAAAACAAUCAUUCUGAACCAUCAAGUAAUUGAGGAUGUACGCAAACUUUCAAGUGAUGCACAAACCAGCUGUCUGGAAGCAUUCCAUUCCCUCUUGAACCAAUGGCACCCAAAAAUGACACACUUUUCUUGGCUUGGUACAAAGUGCAGGCAUAUUCUUGCCAUUUGUCAUUUCAAUGAGAAUGUUUUGAGACAGCAAAACCAAUUGCAAGAUGGUUCACUUCAAUACAAUGUUGUGUACCCAAAAUUCAAGCUUGGAGAAGAAGUAGUUAAAGAAGUAGCUGUUCCACCAACAUAUAGAUAUGUGUGUGAUAUCAAGAAUACAAUGCUCUCCAGCACAUUGAAAGAAAUGAAAUACAUCUUUGACCUAAGCAAAGAACAUGAGCCUGAACCGUUAGACAGGCAAUUUGAAAGGAAAAAAUCAAAGGCAGAAGCUAUCGGACACCACCUUCAAAGAAAACAGACAGCAACGACACUUUUCCCAGAUGCAAACCAGCAAUACAAACUUAAAGAGGAUGAGCAGCAACAGAUGAAUAGCAAAAAGGAACACUGCACACGCACUUGUCGCAAAUGUCAUCAACCCAUGAAGGGUCAUCCACGAGGAAAAUGUCCUUCACCUGCUUUAUCUUGAUAACCUGUUUGCUUGUUUGAUUUUGGUAUGCUUAUACACUCAGAUUUGAACAUAGUGAAAAAAGUUUAAGAAAACCAUAUCAUUUCUACCUUUCAAAUAGAUGUUCUAAUUAUUAGUUCCCUUUUGUGGAAAAGAAACCUUAAACUUCCUUUACCAAGUUAAAAUUUUUCAAAGAAUAACAGCUGACUUUUUUCAAUAUUAUAUUCAAACCCGUUCCAGAGAUGACAUGUAACCUUUGGAUUGAUUUGUUGGAUAUCGCGAUCUUAAAUCAUUGUAAAUGCAUGCAGGCAAUGGGCGAGUGUUGCUCCAUCCUAGGUAACCAAACAGGUAUCUUGCAACCCAUCUGUAGCCAACAGCCCUCAUGAACCUAAAAUGAAAUUCUGUAUUAAUUAAGUGAACCUGGGUUUGAUUCUAACGCCCAUUGAGUUUAAUAACUUGCGAAAUCUUACUAUUCGAGUUUGCCUAAAGAAGUUUUUAGAAACUGCAAUAGCCUGAUAAGUUGUGAUCCUUUAUUGUGUUUGCUAAUAAUUUGACAGUGAUUUGAUGGUAUUAUUUGUGAUAUGAAAUAAAUUUAACCUUACCCCUUACCUUACCCCUGGUUGAAAUGUGAAUAAAAAUGGUGAAACUGGUUAUUACCCAUUCUCGCUCUG